CAGUUCUAAUUUGUUGAUAAAGAGAUCAAAACUGAAUAAAACGUUAUCGAAAGAUUAAAAAUAAUAUAAAACGGGUGUGGUUACCCUAUAUCGGUCUAGUUCUUUUAUUUUAUCUAAGUUUAGAUUUCAAGAUGAAGCUAAUACUUUUUGGUAUUGUUGUAUUGUUAUAUUUUAUAUACUGUACUGAAGAGGGUAGUGCACUAAACUGCUAUCAGUGCCAAGCGAAGGUUGGAAAUGGGUCUGACUGCGAAAGUGGGAAAAGUGAUUCUAAUACUACUUGCCAGUCUUCUCCAGACAGCAAUGAGACACUUGCUUGUUUCUCUAUAGUAGUAAAUGAGAGUAUCGCAUUAAACUGCUAUCAAUGCAGAGCCCAGCUUGGAAAUGGAUCUAACUGCGAAAGUGGGAAGGAUAUGGAUCCAGCUUGGAAAGUUAAUUGCUUCCCCCCUAUAAGCACUAACAAGACAGUUGCUUGUGUAGCUGGUGUAAGGAAUAAUACUAUUAUAAGAGAUUGCGGAAACACCAAUACAUGCAAUGAAAAAGUACCAUCUGGAUAUUAUAUAAAAUGGUGUAAAAAUUGUACUACCGACUUAUGUAACACUCAGACUUCUUCUGUUUCUAUUAUUACACCAACUUUAUUAACUCCAAUCAUUAUUUUUACAGCAGUACUAACUUACUUUUAAUUAUAAUUUUUAAAACACAUUUGUAGAAUUUUUUUAACUAAAAAUAAAAACAGUUUCUUUUUA